CUGAGCGGUGGCCGCGCCGGGAGCCUGCGCACUGUGGCGACAGCGACAGUAGAGGCUCAGGGAUCAAUUGCUGGAAGAUGGCGGAACGCGCCGCCACUGGCGGCGGAACAUCCUUGAGGGGGAUGCGGGAACGCAUGGUUGCUGCCGCUCAUGCCAUGGCUCAAGAAAGACGCAAUCAGAGUGGAUUUAGCUCCCUUCCACCCCAAUCCUCAAAUACAAGAUCAGCAUUUAAACCAGUGAUAGAUGGAUCUGUACUUAAAAAUGAUAUAAAACAAAAAUUAGCCAAGGAGCGCAGAGAAGAAAGAAGACGACAACAAGAUGCUACAAAAGAAAUACAACUACUUGAAAAAGAAAGAAAGUCCAAGAUCCAGUAUGAAAAACAGAUGGAAGAAAAACAACGAAAGCUGCGAGAACAAAAACAGAAAGAUGAACAGCGAAGAAUAUCCGCUGAAGAAAAAAGAAAACAAAAAUUACAGGAAGAAAGGGAGAAAUUCAAAGCUGUUGUCUCUCGUACAUUGGAGCGGAGCAAUCGUAUUGAACAACGUCAAAAAAGAUGGUCAUGGGAAGGCUCUACGACAGUGAACUCUGAAAGUAAAACGGUCAAGAAACGGUCUAUAUCUACUGAAAAGCUAGAACAGGAUACUUCUGGAUCACACAAACAAAUGACACUGUCAUCUCCUGGUCUUCAGAAUUCUGUUGCCAAGAUUCAGCAACUGUACACCGAUCUUUGGGAGAAUGAUUUAAUCAUGCGUCUGAUCGCCCCAACAAAAGCAUCACUAGCCAGGAGCAAAAGUGCUGCUUCAUUAUCAAUCCCUGGAAAAGAUACUCCAGGCAUCCACAGCCCUGUAGUACAGUCUACAAAUAUGCCCUUGCUUAGCCAUAGCAAUGAUGAAUUGAAGAAUACCAUGGUACUUUGCAAGUCAACAGUGGCAGUACCUCUCCAAGAGAAAGUAGAAAUACCCCUCAAGGUGAGCCUGGAAGCACCCCCUGAGGUGAGCGUGGAAGCAGCCCUCAAGGGGAGUAUGGAUGCAGCCCCAGAGGUGAGUGUGGAAGCGGCUCCUGAGGCGAGUGUGGAAGUACACCCUGAGGUGCGUGUGGAAGCGCCAUUCAAGGUGAGCAUGGAAGCAGCCCCUGCGGUGAUCAUGGGAGCAUUCCCCGAGAUGAGUGGGGAACCACUUCUUGAGAGCUUGGAAACAUCACCUGAGGGAAGCGAGGACAUGUCCCUCAUGAGUGUGGAUCCAUCUCCUGAGGUGAGCAUGGACUCGUCCUCUGAAGUGAGCUUGGACUCAUACCCAGAGGUGAGCAUGAAAACAACAUCCGAGGCUCGCAUGGAAGUGUUCCACAAGGUGAACAUGGAAAUGAUUCCUGAGGAAAGCUUGGAAACAGUCCUUGAAGAGAAUAUGGAAGUGCCCCCUAAGGCCAGUGUGGGAGCAUCCCCCGAGUCCAAGUCAUGCCCUGAGGUGAACGUGAGAGACACUCCACAGAAAUCAAACCUUGUAAACAAGAAGCGCACAUCGACCCAUUCACCAUUGUCUAAAUGGCCAUCUUCUACAAACGUAUGGGAUUCACCCUCUCCCAUAAGUGCUAAUAGGCAAAUACAAAAGAAUUGCCCACCAUCAGUUUCACCAGUUGUGUCAAAACAAUCAGCACAAUCUUCUGUUUCCUGUAAAAUAAUUACUGCUCAACAUACCCUACAUACACAAAGUGUAUUAGGUACUAUCAGAAGGAGAAAAAAAAAGGCUUCUAAAAAAACCACUAAAAGCGCUGAGGCUGUGAACCAAAAGCAUAUGACCUAUGACGUAGAUUCUGGUAAUAAAAGCACACAAGGGAUUAUGAAUGCUGAGGAGGCAACAAAAAUUUUGGCAGCGAAACGACGCCUUGCUCGUGAACACAAAGAAAAAGAAGAAAAACUACAAAAAGGAAAGGAGCAAAGGAAAGAGAAAAAAGGGACAAAGAAAGCAUUUGAAGGCCAAGAAAAGUUUUCAAAAUUUGACCAUGGACAGCAACAAAAGGAAAUAAAAAAGAAGGAAGGACUUCAAGAUCAGGAAAACCAGCGAGUGUUAUUACAGAAAGGGGACGCCAAAAUAAAAGCUAAGGAGGAAGCCGACAAACGCAAGAAGGAGCAGGAAAAAAUUAUGUUGCAGAAUUUACAAGAAAGAUUAGAAAGAAAAAAGAGAAUUGCAGAAAUUAUGAAGCGGACAAGAAAGACGGAUUCAGAUACCUCAAAGGAUGCACAAACAUCCAGUAGUGACACAUACGAGGAGCAUGAGGCAGACGAUGAGGAUGAGCCCGAAAGUGAUGAUGCAGAUUCUUCUGAUGACUUGCAUCCAUCAGCCUUUACAAAUGGCAUGAAUUCAUCCAGAAAACUCAAGAAAAGUUUUAGAAAUGUGAAAAGCACCCCCAGGCUGCUGUCUUUAGAAGUCAAUUCUGACAAAGUCUAUACAAAGACAAGAGCAUCUUUAAAAAGUGACAUGAAAAACGUCAGACAAAAAGUGAAAGACCCUUUGGCUCAGGCCAAGGGUAUCAGGCUGUCCAUCAAAAGAAUGACCAACCAAGUAACAAAAACUGAAAAGAUAGUCGAAACCAGCAACACCAUGGUACCAUCUGAAGAUUUACAUUCAGUGUCACAGGAAUGUGUGUGUGACCAGAUACUAGAUAGCACUCGCAAGAUCGAUCCACUCAUUUCUAGCAACCUUCCUGAUAGCCAAAAACACCAUCUGAAAGGUUCCAAAACAUUCCACCAAAGUCCCCAGACAAAAAUAGAAAAAUCUGAUUCUGCUUGAUCAGCCUAGAAGAGAAUUUAUCCUCCACUCUGGGUUUCAACUUCUAGGUCCACCUCCGACUUGAACCAAGCAAAGAAAAGAACAAUCUAAAAAACCGGGAAAACAUCAAAAAGUCAUCUUAACAAGUCUCAGAAGAUGCUCGCUCACUCAUGUCAUCUUGACGUCCACAAGGAAGGGUUCUUAGUAAAAAGUUUUGUUUUCCCGUAAAAAUCUCCAUUGUAUCUCAUUGUAUUUUCCUACCAACACGUGUUUGAGUGUGCAUU